AUGAGGCGUUUAUACAAGCCCGAGUCGAUGCAGUACCUACUGACAACGCUCGCUCGCAAGAAGCGAGAGGGGCUGGGCCAGUAUGGUAAAGAAAAAGGCAAGGACGAGCGUGCAUCAACUGCGUCUGUUGAGUUACUUAAGGCUCUUCACUGGCAGUUUGAAAAAAAAACAGAUGAGACUCCGAUGGCCCUACAGGGGCAAGACCUACGUGACCGGAUGUUGCAUCAUAUCAGAAAGCAGACUGGGAAGCAGAACACGGGCAUCUAUGGAAUUGCAACUGAUAGUUUCAAGUGGACGCUCAGAGUGAAGCACAGAGUAGAUAUCUAA